AUGUCAAGAAAAGGAAGUCAACGUGGUCGUGGGAAUUCACAGAGAGGUCGAGGACCUUCGCAACGAAAUCGUGGUGUCUCUCAACGUGGUCUUUCUGUAAGUCGCCGGCAUCAUCUACCUGAUCGUUCAUCAAGCGCACCAAGCACAUCUCAUGGUACUUCUCGGUACCGCACGAGGGACCGCGUGAGUAGAAAUGAUCAGCUGCCUGAUUUAUCUGGUAAUCCGCCACCUAGCGUUCGUGCUCAGUCCGAGGCAGCUCAACGCAACAGGGAUCCGUCUAGGCGAAGGCUAUGGAAAUCUAUUCCAUUUGACCAAAAAGAACAUAAUUUUCCGCCACGGGAACAACAAACAAUUAGAACACCUCUCGAAUACAUCGAGGACUAUUUUCACGAUGCAUUUUAUGAGAAAGCUGCUUACUGCACAAAUAAUUACUACUUGAGGCAAACUGGAAGGGUUCUUCAUACUAAUCCUAUAGAAAUGAAGAAGUUCAUUGGUGUGCAUUUUAUAAUGGGGUGCAUAACUUAUCCACGACUUCAUAUGUACUGGAGGCAAGAAAUGAGACUGACAUUAGUAGCUGAUAUCAUUCCAAGAGAUCGACUGAAGCUAUUGCGCACAAAUUUUCAUGUGGUGGAAGAGGAUAUCGCCCCAGUUGUCGCAAAUGCUUGGCGUUUAUACAAAAUACACUGCCAGGCGGCCCACGUACAUAGGGGCCAAGUCUUUGACUUACUUCAAUUCGAAUUGCAAGUAGCUGAUGGUCUUACCAAUACCCCUGAUCGUCCAAGGCCAGAAAAAGAUCCUGUUGAAAACAUGGAAGGUUUGGAGGCUCAAGAUCCGGAAAACUCGACCCAAAUAUCCCUGCCAAGAGAUACUGACCGGCUAAUGUACCUUUAG